CGAAGCGGAAGCUGAAGGAGAGGAUCUCCGCGCUCGACCUGGCCUACAAGGACAGGUCCGACCAAGCGGCGGACCCAGUUUCUGGCCCCGAGUCGCUCGGCCUGAACAAAGCAACGAAGCUAUCCUAUGUAAAAACGUACCCACCCCAGAGUUGUCAUGCAAUUCUGCAUGCCAAAAAAGUUUCUCAUGCGGCUGUCGCGCUCGGCUAGCUGGCCGGGCUGUGCUGAUCAGGUGUGGUGGGUAGCUCCCGACUGGUUGGCACUUGUAUUGGGGCGACUUGCCGUGGUAGCGCUCGGCUUUUGUAUGUUGAGGUCGCCGAAAGUGCUUCCUCGCCCACCCCCCGGGGAGGGGAUCCUUGACCUGUGGCGCUGGGAGCGGGUGUCCACUACAUGAUGAUGAUGAUGCGGAGCCCUAUGAGAAGCAUUUUCUAUUCGUGUUUUGGAGUUUGUGAUGCUAGAAUCAGCAUGGUAGGCUAGAUCUGUAAUGCUUCUGAGCUAGCGAAACAGGAUUACACUACGAGGACAAACUUGUCAUGCCAAACAACCAAAGCUGUGUGAUUUGUCUAGCAGAUUUGCCAACUUGACUCUGGUGUGGGGACGUUUUUAAUCAGGAUAGAAGCGCAGCGCGGUUAUCGCCGAUUGGCUGGAAACCAAGGAAAAGCUGGAGAAGAACCACGCCUUGCAGUUGGGAACGGAUCUGUACAAGUUGGGACUCGGCAUCAAGGCGGACGGGACGGUGACCCUGAGUCCCGGUAUCUACGAUCGGCUCGAGCGCGGGCGCGGCAUGUACCAGAAGGCCAAGGAGGCGUUCGCUGCGGAAAUGGACAUUCUGCGCAUGCUGCUGAAGCAGUCGGGCGAGGACGGCAGAGCAGAGGAACUGAAAAACCAAUUUCCAACGUUUGUGCAGUUGGAGCUCUUCUCCGAUACGCACAACCACCACACGGGUUCUUUGUCGGCAGAAGAAGUUGCGUUCAUUGAGCAAUUGCAGGCCGAGAACGCGAAGUUGCGAGCGGAAAAGAGGAAAGCGGAAGACGCGGAGGUGCUGCACCGACAGGUAGAGAAGGCGGCGGCCACGGCCUUGGACGAGGCGGCGGCGAUAUCAAAUGUAAAAAUGUCUGGGUCUGGAAGAGUCAUGCUGUUUUUGCAUGACACAGAAGGUCUGGCAUGGAAGCUCUAGCAUUACAGGUUUCGAGAAGCUUCCGCAAUGCCGAAUCCGCAUGACAAAUCCCCCACUUUGGUGACAGAAAGUGGGCAGCUUUUGCUACCCAUGCAUGAGAGAUUUUUCUGUGUUCUGAAAUGUGCAUCACAAGUUCGGAUUCUUCCAGACCCAGACAUUUUUAUAUUUGAUAGGCGAAAGACCAGGCGCUGCGGUCGGAGCUGGAAGCGCUGAAGCAAACCGCGUUCCACGCCGGCGCUGAGCGAGCGGUAGCUAAUGGAAAGGCCACGAAGGAGAAGUUGAAGCAGCAAGAUUUGGAGCGCGUUCUGGAGAGGGAAGCGAAGGUGCAGACCGCGGCAGCGCAGCGGAUGAAGAGUGAGCGGGACCUGGCCGGGCAGCAGUUGAGACAAACGCGGAGGCAACUCGCGGAACUGCUAGGCGAGAAAGAGCACUUGAGCAAGCACCUCUCGGAACUGUCCUCGGGGCAGGAAAAAGUUGCAAAAUUAGAGGCGGCGCUUGGCGAGUCCACGCGUCUCUUGCGGGAGACCGAGAUGGAGCGCGAUGCGGAAAAACGAGAACUGGAGUCCGCGGACCUGGAGCGCAGCGUGCGGGUCGCAGCAGAGUUAGCGGCCGGCAGCAGCACAAACUUGGCUGAACUGGGCGGACAUGUGAACAAGAUCAUGAUGCCUAACAGCAAUAGUGCCGUGUUGCCCGAAACGUCGCGGCUCGCAGUGCCUCUAGUACAACCCGAGUUAACAGCAGCUUCGUCUCCCUUUAGCACCGCAAGAAGUAGACAGGAGUCUUCGUUGCUGCAGACGGAGAGUUCGGCUGGGGCGACGAGUGCGGCGUCGACAGAGCUUUCGAGCCGGAUAGCGAAAUUACAGGCGCAGUUGUGGGACGCCCGGCACCGCGCGGAGAACGCCGAGGUCCAGGCCAGCCGCCUGCAGGAGGAAGUGGCGCAAAAAAAGAAGGUUGAAGAGGAGUUAUCAGAAACCAAGCAAACGCUAGCCAAGGAGACGGCGGAAGUGGAGCACCUGCAGGACGAACAGCGACAGCUGAAGGAGGAGAAAACCUUUCAGGAAGCGAAAUUGGAGCGGAAAAAAAGUGAUCUAACCACCACCGCACAGCAGCAAUCGAAACAGGUGGAGGAGUUGACGACGCAUCUCGAGGAGCAGCGGCACUUUUACGAGGAGCAGUUGCAGCAGUUCCGACAACGCACCGGGUCCGCGGAGCACACGUCUGCGGAAUCCCAGCGCCAGGUGGGCGAGAUGCGGACGAUGUUAGCGGAGCUCAAGCGCAAGGUGCAGGAGAAGGAGGAAGAGAACACCGAUCUGAAAACGGAAGACGUAGAGCACGAGCAGCAGCAACGCGCGGAAGCGCUCGCCAUGGCCAAGAAAAUCGAGGGUAUGACGGCGGAGCUCAGUGCCAAUCGCGCAACGGUGGCAAAAAUGCGGGAGCAGGUGCAGGGUGUUUUGAACGAAGCCGCGGUAAGCGGAACCCAAGGAGAGAAAGCUGGCAGUAGUCCGUCAAAGCUCGGUAUGUGUUUUUUUUCGUACGCGAGGAAGAUUUCUGCGGUGUUUCAUCUUUGUAGUUUCGCAACUUGUUGACGCAUCCGCAUUACAAUGGAAAGCAAAGUCGCAUGCAAUUCUUGUUUUCAAAACAGACGACUCCUUGCAGAAGGACGUCCAGGAAAACAUUGGGAAAAUCAUGAAGACGGGCAACCCGAUGGUCCAGUCGAUCAUCUACGAGACCGUGGCGCUCGAGAAGCGAAACAGGGAACGUCGUUUGCGAGACGAGGCCGAGCUUACGGCAGCUAGAAAAGAGGUACGAGUUGUUGCGUUUUCCCGACUUCGACAGCGUACUACAGCAGACUAGUAAGAAUGGUUUAAUUAAAGAUGAUACUUGCAUCCGCUGCUCUCCCGGGGGCACGUCGUGACGCAACGAGAAAAUAAAUCUUACGGCUAAAAAGUAGAACAUUUGGUAAACAGGUAGCGACUUUGACGGCGGAGUUGCGGAGUGUGCAGGCGCAGCUUGGGUUGGAGGAGCACAACCAUUCCGAGGACACGACGCACGCGUCGGGCAAGGAGCGUAUUCUGCAGGGCCGCGUGACGGAGUUGGAGAACCAGCUCUCGGCCGCGGAGGGGGAGCUGACCGAGUACCGCCAGGAGCACACGCAAGACAAAGAGGUGCGGCAGGAGCUGGAGUCGGACUACGCGUCGGCGGAGAAAGAUCUGGAGUACUUCCAGGCUGACAACGCGCGGCUGCGUAUCCUAUGUAAAAACGUCUGCACCUCAUAGUUGUAAUGCAAAUCUGCAUGCUGAAAAUGUUUCUCAUGCGUUGCCCCAAGACAGCCACUUUUUAAUGCUACCUGGGAGUUUGUCAUGCUGGAAUCAGGAUAAGGUAGUCAAUUUGUCAUGCGGCUGCGCUAGCCAAACAGGAUCACACUACGAGCCCAAACUUGUCAUGCUCAACAGCCAAAAGUUGGAGAUUUGUGUUGCAGAUUUGCCAACUUGACCCUGGUGUGGGGACAUUUUUACUCAGGAUACUGCGCAGCGAACUGCGGCAGUUGACGGAGAAGUACAACCGCGAGUCGCUCACCUGGUGGACGGACGCCAACGAGGGCGAAAAACUGUCGGAGGAGGAGGUCACCGGCCUGAAGGGCAAGAACGACCUGAUCGGCAGUCUGCAGCAGGAGAUCAAGGAUUUGAAGGACCAGCUGCGCAAGGCGGUCGGCGCCAAGGGCGGCAAUAUGUACGACAAGUUUGUGUGGGGGGACGCAAAUAGCACCUACCCGUUGACGGACGUGGACGUAGGCGCGGACCUCGGGAAGGUGCUGGACAUCGUGGACGACAUGCAGGAGCGGGUGGAGAAGGCCAAGGCGCUGCCGUCCUACUCCACCGACGCGGCGCAGAAGAAGCUGGUGAAGGAAAUGAUGAUGACCGUGGACGCCAUCCGGAAACUGCUCCUCCGCGCGUCGGC